AUGGUAGUCCUGGUUAGUUUUCUUACAAAUCGAUCAGAAGGCAAAGCCGUGCUUCUCAAUGUUUGCACAAAACUGGCUGUAUCGGCAGCCUCUUUGGCUGCCAACUUGUCAUCCGAGUCUAAGUUGGCUGAGGAAUCGGGCCAGGCUGCCAGCCGACUCUUACCAAUUUCUGAAUUAACUCAAUUUCAUAUCUCGAACGAAGGCCAAUCUUCAGCUACAUUUCAAGCUCCAACUGAGCAAAUGCAGGCUACUAUACCUUUCGAGCCUACCCCUGUCUCCUUCAUGUCUGGUAAAGGAUUGGCCGAAUUUCUUCGUGAAUUUUCAAUGAUUUUUACCCAUUUGACCGGAGUGAUGUGCUUGGGCGGAUGUGCAGAGCAGGUCAGAGAUUCUUCGCCAUGUACUAAGCAACUCGGAGGCACAUGUGCUGUCAUUAUUGAUCGAUCUACUCAGGCGACUAAUCCAACCUUUACUCCAUCUUCUCUUCAGGUAGUCCAGUGGGAUUCUCAAAAAAAACUACAAGAAUUAUCAAGAAUGUUUUCCAAUUAG